AUGUCGGAAGCAAAGAAAGAAAAAGUUCAAGUGAUUCAUGAUGUUGUUGAAGAAGGGUCACAAUUUUCAGAUUCUAUUCAGAUCAAAAAAUUUGGUUUUCUCAGUAUAAACCCUGAGGAAAAAAUUCACAGAACUUUACCAUUACGUAUUGUUAAUCUUAUUGCUUUCGGGGGUGCAAUUGGUACUGCUCUUUUCAUCACUAUUGGUAGUCCUUUGAUGAUGGGUGGUCCGUUAUCGUUGGUUUUGGCUUAUUGGUUCUGGACUCUUGUUAUGUUGAUCUUAACAUGUUGUGUAGGAGAAAUGGUUUCUUAUUUACCAGUAGCUUCACCCUUCAUUACAUUAGCUGGAAGAUGUGUUGAUGAAGCUAUGGAAUUCUCAGCGGGCUGGAAUUUCUAUUUAAUGGAAUCUUUAUAUAUUCCUUUUGAAAUCGUCGCUGUUAAUGGUAUGGUCCAUUACUGGAGAGACGACUACAGUGCUGGUAUCACUUUAGGUGUACAAAUUUUUUUGUAUGCAUUAAUCAACAUAUUUGCUGUAAGAAUUUAUGGGGAAUCAGAAUUUUGGCUAGCAUUAGGUAAGAUUGUUUUAGCCACCGGUUUAUUAUUCUUCACUUUAAUCACCAUGUGUGGAGGAAAUCCUCAACAUGAUGCUUUUGGUUUCAGAUAUUGGAAAACUGAAGGUGGACCUAUGGUUGCUUACUUGAGCGAAGGUGAUGGAGGUAGAUUUCAAGGCUUAGUCAAUUGUUUGAUUGCAGGAGCUUUUUGUAUUGUGGGACCUGAAUAUUUAUCAAUGGUUGCUUCAGAAGCUGCUAAUCCUAGAGUUACCAUGCCAAAAGCCUUUUCCACUGUUUUGUACCGUUUAGUAAUUUUUUACGUUCUUGGUGCUCUUUCAGUGAGUGUUUUAGUUGCUUAUAAUGAUCCUACUUUAGUCAAUGCUCCUUCCACUGGUGCUGCUAGCUCUCCUUAUGUGGUUGCCAUGGUCAACUUAGGUAUCAAAGGAUUACCUGAUAUUGUUAAUGCUUUGAUUAUUACAUCUGCUUUCUCAGCUGGAAACUCAUUUGUCUAUUGUUCUUCGAGAGUAUUAUAUUCCUUAGCAAGACAAGGUUUUGCCCCAAAAAUAUUCAGUUACUGUACCAACUCGGGUGUUCCAAUCUUUGGUGUUUUUGUGGCUAUAGGUUUUGCUUUAUUAUCUUUGUUACAAUUGGGUUCUAAUUCGGCCACUGUUUUAGGUUAUUUUGUCAGUAUUUGUACUGGUUCUCAAGUUUUAAAUUAUGUUUUCAUGGGAAUCACCUAUAUUGGCUUUCAUAGAGCUUGUGAAGCUCAAGGUAUUGAUAGAUCUGCAUUCAAAUUCAAAGCUUGGUACCAACCCUACGGAGUUUACUUUAGUUUAUUCUUCUUGAUAUUGAUGGUGGGUAUUAUAGGUUAUACUAACUUCUUACCUGGUAGGUGGAGUACUUCUUCCUUUAUCUUCAAUUAUAUCAUGGUAUUCAUAAAUAUCAUCUUAAUAUUGGGUUGGAAAUUCUUCAAGAAAACCAAAAGAGUGAACCCAGCUGAAGCUGAUCUUUACACUGGUCUUGAAGAAAUCGAAGAACAUGAGUAUGAAUAUUAUGCUAAAUUAAAUGUUCAACCAGAAGAUUAUAAAUUAAGCUUGAAAAGUAAAAUACUUGCGUGGGUUUUUUAG